UUGAUAUGGGAAAAUUUACUGGCAAAAAAUGUCGUUUGCUGUCGAUGUUAUGGUUGACUGCGCUGUUCUUCUUCGUGGAAAUAGUCGUAGGCUACAUCACAAAUUCUAUGGCUCUAGUAGCAGACAGCUUUCACAUGCUGAGUGAUGUAGCAGCAUUAGUUGUAGCCUUUUUAUCCGUUAAAAUGUCACCAAAGAAAUGGGCGAAAAAUACAUUUGGUUGGGCUAGGGCCGAAGUAUUAGGUGCCCUAGUGAAUGCUGUAUUCCUCGUGGCCCUAUGCUUUUCAAUUACCGUAGAAGCAUGUAAGAGAUUCAUCGAGGUGGAAACCAUCCACGAUCCUCAAUUGCUCGUUAUUGUAGGAGGAGUUGGACUUCUAGUCAACCUUAUAGGACUAUUAUUAUUUCAUGAACAUACACUAUAAUUCAACGUCGAAAUUUUGUAUCAACAUGGUNACAGUCGGAAUAGGUUGACUCAACUAGCUAUUACUGACGAUAAUGAAAAUGAUGAAACCUACCCUAUUCCAACACUUCAACCCGCGACAGCAAAAGAGAUGGGGCAUACUCAUUCUGCAGGUCAGAUGAAUAUGCGUGGGGUAUUUCUCCAUGUUAUGUCAGAUGCUUUAGGAUCUGUUAUUGUGAUAAUAUCAGCUCUGGUUUUUUGGCUAACUGACUGGGAAUACAAAUACUACAUCGAUCCAGCUCUGAGUAUUCUGUUGGUAUUACUCAUUCUUAACUCAGUCUGGCCUCUACUCAGAGAUUCUGCUUUAAUUUUAUUGCAAACUGUGCCAACUCACAUAAAAGUUGACGCUAUCCAAAACAGACUGUUGGCUAAAGUCGAUGGAGUGCUUGCUGUUCAUGAAUUUCAUGUUUGGCAGUUGGCAGGAGACAGAAUAAUUGCUUCUGCCCACAUUAGGUGCCGCAAUCUCUCUGAAUAUAUGAAAAUUGCUGAGAAAGUGAAAGAAUUUUUCCACAAUGAAGGAAUCCAUUCAACUACAAUUCAACCAGAGUUCAUAGACUAUACAGAUAUCCCAACUACUUCUAGAGCACCUGUUGAAACGACAGAGGAUUGUGUGUUGGAUUGCCCUAAAACAAACAACACAAAUGACAACUGUGUUAAAAAUACUUGCUGUGGGCCUUCCAAACAGGGCCGAGAUACUCCGUCUCCAAGCAACACCCCCUAUAUUUGUCGCCAAAGGAAUUCUGCAGCCAGCACAUCUUUGAAUAAUUUAGAAAUGAAUGAAAUGGAAAAAGGCGUUCUUCUGGAAAAGGGGACAUCACCCCUGCAAAAUGAAUGUGAAUGCAGCUUACGUGGCUCCCAGUACUCUCUCAGGGGUUGAUAAAUCAAGUUUUGGUUGAAUUUUUUUUGUUUUCAAGGUAUUCAGCUUUGGUUCUUGUCUGCUACGGAUUGCAGAAUUUUUAUGUAGCAAAUAAUACAGUGGAAACUACCUUGAAUGGCCCCUUCAUUAUAUUGAGUGUAAUAUUUUCGUAUGUGUUAAUAAACAGGAUGGACUGUACCGAAGUACACAAGUACCAGGGCUGUACAAAUUGGGGUGUUCUAGAAUGGCUUCAUAAUUUAUUAUAAACAUUUUGUAUGUUUCAUUUGAAAUUGAAAAUUUUAUUGACACAACUAUCAUAUGUUAUUUUGAUGAUUGAGCAUUUUUCAAACACAAGUGUUGAAAAUAUAUUAAAAAAACGAUUUGAUUAAACGAAUUUUAAAAAGGAA